AUUACAAGUCUGAGUUAGUCUUUAAAACAACAAGCUCAUACUCUCACACAAUUCGAAUAACAGAUGAAAUAUGUCUUGCUUGCAGAGAAGAACCUACAGCUCGAGCCUCAACUGGAGGGCAAGAGACAAGAGAUGUUGUGUAAAUAUGAACAGUUAACCCAGAUGAAGUCGGUAUUUGAAACCAAAAUGCAAAGACAACAUGAGCUCAGUGAGAGCUGCAGUCUGAGUGCGCUGCAGGCCAAGUUAAAGGUGGCAGCCCAUCAGGCUGAAGAGGAGUCUGAGGAGACAGCAGAGAACUUUCUGGAAGGAAAGACAGAAAUCGAUGACUUCUUAACCAGCUUCAUGGAAAAGAGAACGCUGUGCCAUUGCAGAAGAGCCAAAGAGGAAAAGCUCCAGCAAUGCAUGACAGUUCCCUACCAUACUUUAGAUUAAAUGCCCCAAGUUUGGGAUCAAUCUACCAGCAGACCGGUGAGCUUAAGACAAGCAGCUCAUCAUGUGGCCUACAGCCUUGAGUGGGCAAACCUAGAUACAUAUGAAAAAGAGAUUUCAGCAUCAUUUCCUGAAAUCAACGUGAUUUUUGCACAGAAUUUCCAAAAGCGUCACAUUCCCCUGGUCGAGUAGGCCAGAUGCGAGUACGUCUGGAUGUGGCCAGUCUGGCUGUGACUCAAAAGCUGUAAUCAGAGGAGAGCAAUCUGUUCUUAAUCGUGUUCAGAAACGGGAUGAGUUCUAAGCUUAUUAGUUCGGUUUGAGUUUAUGUGACAAAUGGGGUUGGGCCUUGUACGCACUUGAAGAUAAUUUUGAAAAAUGUUAAUGCUGCCGACAAAAACAUACUGUAUUUAAUAAUGUUGAUAAAAGCCUUCAUUAUAAUUAGAUAUUGUAUUAUAUGUUUAUUUAAUUUGAUAGGUUAAUAAAACAUUUAUCUGAAAAAAUCAACUUCACC